AUGGCAGGCUGCGGUCGUAAAGAAAUUGUGCCGUUCGCAGCCAUGGCCGCCGUAGAGUUGGCCGCGGUCGGCGUAAAUACUUUUUACAAAGCAGCCACUUUGGAAGGGCUGAGCUACUUUGUCUUUGUCGCAUACUCUUAUGUUUUAGGUACUCUUGUUCUGCUUCCUCUUCCCUUCAUAUUUCCAAGGAGGGAACUUCGUUCUUUUGAGCUGUCUUUUUUCUUAAAAAUUGUCCUUUUGGGACUAAUUGGGUUUACAUGCAGCAUAUGUGGAU